AGAGAGGAGAACGAGACACAGUGAGCAGGUUGGUGUUAGAAGACCAAAGUGUGCGGGCCGGGUUGUAGCGGGAGAGGAGCCAGGUUAGGUAGGAGCGGGAGAGGAAAGGCGUCGGUUGGUCCAGAUUGCCAUUGGGCCAAUCACAGGCCUGUCCAUCUUUGUUUCUCACCCCCCUCCCCACCCACCCCCGGGUCCCGAUCCGCCCUCCCCCCCAACUCUCUUGGGAGCGGAGUCCGUGGAUCGUGGAAUUGGGGGGAACAAGAGGCCUCUGUGGCCAGAGCUGGGCAAGGCGACGGUCCCCGGGGAGCUGGGGGCCGGGGAGCAGCACAAACCCUCCUCUGUUCUCGGUCUGGAGCGGAUGUGCCCCCACCCCUGGCCCCCAGCCCCCGCGUCGUGCAGCUGUUCCCGCCGGCAGAGGAGUCACGCGGACCGGCUGCGCUCGUCAGUAGGAGCCACCGACAGCUGUGACCCCCGGGAUGGAUCCACCCCAUGACUGAGCUCCUUCCCGGGGCGGGGGAGUCCCGGAGCCCGACCUCCUUCCGCCCUCCACUCCGUGAGCCGCAGCGAUGAGCAGCAUCUACAAGGACUACCUGAGCCACGGCAAGGUGCAGGAGCACUACAACUACACCAAGGGGAUUCCCGAGUCACAGCUGACCCCGUCCCGCCAGGCGGCCCAGGCCGUGAUCUUGGCCAUCUGCGUGGCCAGCGUCUUGGAGAACCUGCUGGUGCUGGGGGCCGUGGCCCGGAAUCGCCGGUUGCACUCAGCCAUGUACCUUUUCCUGGGGAACCUGGCCCUGUCAGACCUGCUGGCCGGGGCCACCUUCAUGGCCAACGUCCUCCUCUCGGGCCCCCGGACGUUCCAGUUGACCCCCGUGGCCUGGCUGGCCCGGGAGGGGUCGGCCUUCACCGCCCUGUCGGCCUCGGUCUUCAGCCUGUUGGCCAUCGCCGUGGAGCGCCACGUGGCUGUGGCCCGGGUGCGGGUGUACGGCGCCGUCGGCGGUGGGGGGCGGCGAGUCCUGGGGCUCCUGGGGGCGUGCUGGGCAGUGGCUCUGGCCAUUGGCGGCCUGCCCAUCCUGGGCUGGAACUGCCUGGGGCGGCUGGAGGCCUGCUCCACCGUCCUGCCCCUCUACGCCAAACCCUACGUGGUCCUGGUGGCCUCCGCCUUCAUGGUCAUCCUGGCGGCCAUCGCGGGGCUCUACGCCCGGAUCUACUGCGUGGCCCGGGCCAGCCACGCCGAGCUGGCCGGACCCCGGGCCCUGGCCCUGCUCCGGACGGUGGCCAUCGUUCUGGGCGUCUUCGUGGCUUGCUGGCUGCCCACCUUUGCCAUCCUGCUCCUGGACGCGUCCUGUCCCCACCGGGCCUGCCCCAUCCUGGCCCAGGCCCACUACUUCUUCAGCUUCGCCACUCUGAACUCGCUGCUCAACCCCAUCAUCUACACGUGGAGGAGCCGGGAGUUGCGGGGGGAAGUGCUGCGGAUGCUGGGCUGCCGGCAGGGGAGGCGGCUGCCCGUGGGGCGGGCGCCAGGGGGCCGGAGCACCUUCGGACCCCCGCGUACCUCCGGUCCCACCUCGCCCACCUUGCUGGAGGGACAGACCAUGGUCUGAUGUUUGGGCCGCGGAGCCCCCCGCCGUCGGCGGGUCACGGGUUGGGGGGGUGGGGGCUUCAGGAUUGGAUACCCCUGACAGCUGGGGGCAUGGUGGCGGCCGAACUGGAGUAUGGAGAGACGCUCCUCCUCGGGUCCAGUCCGACUUCACGCCAUUCUGCUGAAGCGACACGCCCAGGCUCUGAGCCUUAGGCCCCGGGUCGCAGACCUCCGGGAGGUCGGGGACGGAAGACGCCGAGACAGUAUCCCCCCGGGGAUUGGCACGGCGCUGAACCCGGACGCUUCCUUCUUCACUUUUCAUCCCCUCUCCUCCCCUGCAACCCAGCCCGUCGUUUUCCCGCUUCUCCUCCUGCCACAUCCGUCUUGGCUUUGCAUUCUCGCAACUUCCUAAAUCUGAGCAGUGGUGGAGGGAGUCCAGCUUGGCUUCUCCUGCCCUUUUUGUCCUUCCCCCGCCCAGGAUGUCGUCCCCCCCCCCCCACCUCGCUUCUCCAGUUCCUUCCCACCCCUCAGCGGCACGUCCCAGACUGGACAGAUGGGCUUAGGACUGGGGCUGCACCCAUGGGGAUCUGGAGGGGGCAGGGGCGGAGGGGCUGGGUCUUCCCUCUCCCCGCACCAAACUGAGCUAUUACCCUUCAAGUUUUAUUGAAGGAUGAGGUGGUUUCCCCAUCACCAGCCCUUUCCUGUACCCGGGAGAGGUUGUUGCUGAACCCCGUGAGCUGGUGAGAUGGUAUGGACAGUCAAGUGGGAAAUCUUUUUAUGUUUGUGUGGGCCUGUCCCGUGAGGUUGGUGGGGAGGGCCACGUGGGUCCAGUCAUGCUUGUCCCUCCGGGAUGGAUGCCUCUGCGUGUCCGGAAGCCAGACUGCCCUUACUGGCUUGUCCCGGCUUGUGGGCCUGUUUGCGUGUCUCUUUGGGGAUCUAUAUGGGCCUCCACGUGCACCUAGGCACAGGUCCUGAUCGGUGACUGCAUGUGUGCCCCAUGGGUCCUUGUCCCACGUGUGUGAGCACUUCUGCGUGGGUCCUGACAUGGGGCUGCACGUCCAUCUCUCCAUGUGGUGUCCCCCGUGGCCGGUGGCUGCAGCAGCAGUGGACACGUCCUGGCUCGUCUGGGAAGCCCGGUGUGACCGUGGUGGAUCCAGCGGAGUGCUCCCGCUUUCCCCAGUGUCUCUCAAAGCUGCUUGCUGCAUCCAGUUCCCUCUCGCCCCGGGGCAAAGUUUUAAAGAAGGGGCUGGACCUGUCCCUCUCUUCUGCACUUCUUGCCCCCACCCCCCUGCCCCUCAACGAGCCCACCACUCAGCAACUAGGAAACCCAGGUGGGGGCCAGGAACCUCAGACUGCUGGUACUACACUUUGCCCACCCUUCAAUGCCCAGUGCUGGGGCAGUUGAGGGGGACGGUAAUGUCCUGGAGGGGGAAGACUUUUUGCCAAAAAUAAUAAUGAAGAGGAGAGGGAGUGUUGGGGGGAUGGAGAUUCCAGGCCCCUCCCCUCCCACUGGCUCCUCCCUGCCCAGACCCAUGUGAAUUAAAUAGUUUUUGACUUCUGUUGUUAA